AUGAAUAGAAGUUUAGUAAUUCCACCGCUGAUUGUGAGCCACCUUCCACCGCAAGUACCGAAGAAUAGAGGACCGCUUCGACUAAACAGAGGACGUGGCUCGGCGGAGUCCAGGUCGAGAGCGCUACGAGCAGCGCUGCGACAGCUCCGGGACGCCUGGCCCGAGCCCUACACUACUGGAGACCGGGAAAAGAUAGCUUGCGACUGUGAUCAAGGAAAGGAGUCGGGAAGAAGCAGCAGUGCGAUGUGGCGGCGUAGGGCAGCAGAGUCCCCGGCGCUGACGCCGCGGCCGGGGGCCUCGCCCGGCCUGCUGCGGCGACGCUACUCGGUGCCAGAGACCGUGAUGCGCAAGUACCGUCUGGCCCAGAUGAGUAGCGAGGAGACGAUUCAAGCUUCAGUGGAGUCAUGCUCGUGUUGCACGCUGCCCGAGAUGGCAACUCGCUUACCUCGCGACCGCGAGCUCAUGCGGCGCUCGGCACUGCUGCGGCGGUUGCAGGGGCGCGCAUGCCGUGAGUGCUGUGCCGGAUGCUGCGGUCGUGCCACGCGCUCCCUGGACGCCUCCCACACCGAGUUGCGUCUAGCUUCCGCUCGACGCUCACCGGUUUCGGGACGAAAUUCACCCAAACGCCUACGAAUAGACUCUCCCUCUCUUCGCACCUCCCGAGUGGCAUUGUCGCCAAUCUCUACAGAUUUCGCCCUUUCUGAUUCUUCGAGCCGUGUUCACACGCUUGGUGUUUCUUUAUACACUGAUACGGACGCCCUAGGUCCUAGUUCAACCUCAGACUCCGACUAUAAAGACGCGACUGAUACAUACACACAAGGUUCUAGAGAUUCAACUACAAUUAUAGGGACUGACAGCAAUCCCUGCUGUGGCGAGGUUGACGAUUACUCCUACUCCUCAGAAACUUGUUCGACGUCAUUGUGUACUACCAAAGAGACCGUUCCUCGUUUGGUGCCAAACGUGGCUGGUCAACCUGUAAAACCUGACAGUAUAGAUGGAAGAAUUAGUGAGAUAACAUCAAGUGCCGAUAAUGAAGAUGGUAACAUUUUCCCGUAUGAUAAACCGCUAACGGUUGAAACACCGUCUUACGAUGUCCUCGAAAUUGUAGUAUCUGAAACGUUUAACACAAUUCAUACUCCAAUAUCUAAUGAUAGCUUUUCCGAAAAGUAUAAACUGGACAAAAACAAUAAAGCGAAAAGUCCAUCGGAGCAGAAGAAAAGAAUUCAGGAUGUUAGGAGUACGGAUAUUGAUGAAUAUGUUUCGAACAUACUAGUAGAAAGUUUAAAUUCUUUGUCUGACCAACUUGAGUCAAUGAACGCGUCAAUGGGUGCUAAUAGAAGAUUAAGUGUCAUUGAAAAAGAGAUAAAAGUUAAGUUACAGAACACUGGCGUUAACACUAUUGUGCACUUAAGUCCAACGUCCAAUAAUCAAAUAAUAUUUGGGCAUGAGGAGUUGUGCAGCAGUGACGAACGUCUGGAUAGUUGUAAAAAUGUUGGCAACAGUUCAACUUCGCCUGCGAUUCGAGACGAGUUACACAGCGUUGAGACUAACAACAAUUUGACGUCUGCAGAAAGUAUACCAAGACAAGACUCAUCAGAUCUUCAACAGACAGAGUGUUUCACAAAAGUUGUUCACUCCGAUAAUGUCAACAAAGCGGUUCUUCAACAGAUACAAAAACUGUUUCAGGAAGAUCUUCAAAGCAAUAAACCCGAUACGCAAUAUUCUAACGACAGUAUCCCAAGCAUAUCUCACAUAGAAAUAUCUAACGUGGACGUUUAUAUAGACAAUCAUGCUGGCUCAUAUGCUUCCUCCACAAACGGAGCAGUAAAACAGGAACAAAUGAAUACGGAGGAUACGGAAUUAAUUGGCAGCGUUAGUACGUGUAAUUAUUAUGAGAAUUCAAUAGAUAAUGCGACCAUACCUCGUUAUUCGGCUUUUCCGCACACGGAGUCGAUGGAAGUGAAUACAUCCUCUUCUGAUGAUGCUGAAGUGAUGGGCUCUGAGUGUACGAGUCUUGUGGAUAGUUUGGAUGAUCCAAACUCGCCUAGGUCUAUUAUGCUCCGAAAGUCCGCUAACAGUAGUAAAAGAAAUGAAUUAGUUAGAUCUUCUAUAGAUGUCCUAGAUUUGUUGCCUGAAAAUUCUUAUCAAACCAAAAAUGCAAAAUUAAAGGAGAAAAGUGAAUCUUUUUUUGUUAGAAUUAAGGAUGAUAGUUGCGAAUGUGACCGUGAAAAGAAGAGUAUUGUAGUAGCAGACCACAUGCCAGAAACUAUAAAACAAAGAUUAUAUAGAAGACACAGGAAAAGAGAAUUGCGUAUGGAGUGUGCUCGCCGUAGUAAAGUAAAACAACUACGUAAAGAAUUGGAGAAACAAAGACAAAGUGAAUUACAAAAAUCUAAGAAGGAGAUAGAGAAAGAAUGUGUAGCUCUUAUGAAUGCGAUCAUAGACGACGUUAUAUAUAAAAUAGCUCAAGAUGAGUACAAAUAUAUGCGAAUUAAACAAAAAUCUCUUAUGAUGGUAACUGCAAAAUCUGAUGAAUCGCUGUCUAAAGAGAGCUGGAAAAAAGAUAUUGAACUCAAUAAUAAUCAUAAUAAAUUAACUAAAAAUAACACAAGUCAGUCGUGUUCGGAAGGUAUGAAUAAAAAGCACCGAAAGGCUGAAAAGUAUCAGAUACGGGGUAAACUUUCACUUCAAACUUAUGCACCUUUAACACCAGACGAUAACAAUUCUAAGAGAUUAUAUCAAAAAUCGGAAAUACACGACGGUAAAAAAUGUAUUGAAAUCCUUGAAAUAUUGGAAUACGUUAACAGUUCAGGGAGUUCAUCCGAGUAUAGUCAUUUUGACGAUAAUCAAAUUGCAAAACAUAAGAAAUCUCGCAUACCCAUUCCAGUAUCUGAAAGAAUAGGUUCACAAUAUUACAAAGAUGGACCUUGUACACGCGCUCAGUUAUUUGAUAACAGGAAUAAGACGCCGAGUGCGUAUUCUACGAAUGUAUCACAGGUUAUGUGUACGGAUCAAGAGUCGCCUUGCAUUGGUUCAUCGCCUACUAGUUUAAUGCAUUCACAGCCUACUCGGCGUGCUUCUGUGCCUCACUGCGAACCACGGUCACGUUCUAAUUCUGUUCACUUCAAGAGAGUUUUCGAUAUGAUUCCAGAAGAAAGAAGUAGUUUCAGUAUUGAAUCACCUGCCGAAGAUCUUACACAAAGCCGACGUGCUUCUGCACCAACGCUUGCUCAAGGAGUUUUUCUAAACGAUAAUGAAAUAGGAUUUAUUGUGAAUAACACCACUAUUAACUCCAACAUUGGUGGCAAGUUCUCGAAGUUAAAUCCCGAUCGAGAAGUGGUUAAGAAAGUUAAAGAAAUGAAGAGUGCAGGAACAUCUCCCAUGCCUAAUAAAGAUGUAUACCAUAGUGUCUUAACACAAACAAGUUGUACGGUAAUGACUUCUCCGCUGCAUAAGUCUGCCGCUACAAGCCCCAUUAGAAACUUGACAAUGUCAACACAAACACCUUUGCUUCAAAAAAAAAGUAUUUCAAAUCAACAAUCGCCACAACAAAGGUAUAAACAUCAACAAAAAAUAUACUCCCAUAGCCAGAAGCCACAGCCUGAGCAUCACUAUCAACAACAGAGGCAACAUGCUCGGUUACCGCGGCAAUGCAACGAGCCCGAACCGGCCCUGCGUCAGCACGUUACUGAAGGUGGUGUGAGAGGCACGUUCUCCCGACGCAGAUCGGUGAGUUCACAGCACGCAGCCGAGAGGCUGCCGCGAUGCGGUAACACGACAGGCGGCAGGGCCGGUGUUAUGGCGAGCGGCGUGACGAGCGGCGCGGCGGGCGGUGCGUCGAGCAGCUCGAGCUCGAGCGAGUCGGGCGGCAGCCUGCUGUGCCCGCUGGCGCCGGCGUGGCUACAGGCACGCCGCCGCCGCCGCCGCGCUGCCGCCACCCCUGCCACAGGCCAGUGGGCAGUGACGGUAGCAGGGUCGUGCCCCGCUGCGUUGCCAGCCGACGUGGAGAUGCGUCUGCGUUUCCCCGAGACACGAGCGUUUGCAUCUCGCGAGCACGCCUCGCGCCACGCGCCGCCCCCGCCGCCGGGGUCGCGCCGCGCACCCCUCUCACCGCCGGCCCCCCGCUGCGCCGUGAGGCACGGAGCGCGCACGCCUGAUGAGACGGGCCGCUUCACUCUCACUCUGAAGAAAGAAGCGUCAGACUCUUCGAUUCUUGCAUCUAAGAGUUUGAAGAAGUCAAAGGAUCCCCUGCCCGAUGUAGAGACUUUCCGAGCAUCUCGCAGCAAGACGAAAAGCUCGGUCAAGAUGCGUCGAGGCUACUCCCUACACUGUUGGCUUCCAGAAGGCGAUCCUACACCGAUAAGGGCCAGUAACGGCUUGUCGGUGCUGGGGUCAGCCAUCGUGCCGGAGCUGAAGCCGCGCGUGCGCAGCAUGAGCCAGCGAGACUUGACUCGCGUGCACCGCCUGCUCCCUGCCUUCUGCCGAUACUGA